AAUAAAAGGACAUUCUGACCGAAUUUUAAAACCAAUAAAAGCGUCUAUUAAUUAUUAUUAUUAUUGUUAUUAUUGCUAACUAUCUAGUCCCAUUCUCUCCCUCAACACAUACACACAAGCUAGGGAGUCAAUAUGCUGGGAGUUAUAUGGCAAAGAGUGGCCUGCAGAUGCGUUUCUACUUCGAAUUUGGAGCGAGGAAUGAAAGUAGUUGCACCCCGGGCUUUUUCUUCCACAGCAAAAGAGAUGACAGUACGAGAGGCUUUAAAUUCAGCACUUGAUGAAGAAAUGUCUGCUGACCCCAAAGUCUUUUUAAUGGGUGAAGAGGUUGGUGAGUAUCAGGGUGCAUACAAGAUUUCCAAAGGGCUUUUGGAGAAGUAUGGUCCUGACAGAGUUGUGGAUACUCCUAUUACUGAGGCUGGAUUUACUGGAAUUGGAGUUGGUGCAGCUUACUAUGGUCUCAGGCCUGUGAUUGAGUUCAUGACUUUUAACUUCUCUAUGCAGGCCAUUGACCACAUUAUUAAUUCUGCUGCAAAAUCAAAUUAUAUGUCAGCCGGUCAGAUAUCAGUGCCUAUUGUUUUCAGAGGUCCAAAUGGUGCUGCUGCUGGUGUUGGGGCUCAACAUUCCCAGUGCUAUGCAGCAUGGUAUGCUUCAUGCCCAGGAUUAAAGGUUCUUGCUCCAUAUUCAUCAGAGGAUGCUCGUGGCCUGAUGAAAGCUGCUAUAAGGGAUCCAGAUCCCGUUGUUUUCCUUGAAAAUGAAUUGCUAUAUGGUGAAUCAUUCCCUGUUUCUGCCGAAACUCUUGAUUCCAGUUUUUGUCUUCCAAUUGGGAAAGCUAAGAUAGAACGCGAGGGAAACGAUGUUACAAUCACUGCUUUCUCAAAAAUGGUUGGCUAUGCUCUUCAGGCUGCUGAGAUUCUUACGAAGGAAGGAAUUAGUGCUGAGGUGAUAAAUCUUCGCUCAAUUCGCCCCCUUGACAGGUCGACCAUAAAUGCUUCUGUCAGGAAAACCAAUAGGCUUGUUACUGUUGAAGAAGGUUUCCCUCAGCAUGGCAUUGGUGCAGAGAUCUGUGCAUCUGUUCUUGAAGAUAGCUUUGAGUACCUUGAUGCCCCUGUUGAGAGGAUUGCUGGGGCAGAUGUUCCCAUGCCCUAUGCUGCAAAUCUUGAGAGAAUUUCCGUCCCACAGGUUGAGGACAUUGUUCGAGCAGCAAAGAGAUCUUGCUACAAAUCAAGUUCAUUGGCCGCAACUGCUUAAAAGUUACAAUGAUCAAAAGUUGAAGAAGGAUUAAUAUGUAAGAAAACUGACGAAGCUGAGCGAAGCAAAUGAUGCAAAGCCAUUGUUGUUAUUUUAGUUUUGUCUGCAAAAUUUGUUACUUUUCAGGUUCUAAUUGCAUAUUCCACCACGUUCAUCAAGUUUGCAAUAUCAUCGUUUUUUUACCCAUAAUUCGGCUACAAUGUAUCGCGUCAUGCUCUUCAUAAUCAUCUCCGGCUUGAGACUCAUCAUGUUGAACUUUUGAAAUGUUAGCCGAUGAUUUCUUUCAUCCUUUUACUGGAGAAUAAUUUUACGAUCAAUAAUUUUUUUGUGCUGAUUGUCUCUUAACUGAA